UGAUGAUGAGCUGGAGGGAAGCCGGGGGAAACGGUGGGAACGUUUGAGAAAAGAAAAUAACGGAGGAGCGGAUUAAAGAGUUACUGCAACAAGGCGUUUAUGUCCCAAACGAGUGUAAAGAAGGAGGCUUCGCCACAGGGUGCAUACAGCGCUCUAGUGGUGGGGGAUCGAGAGAUCAGCCGCUCCGUGUUGCUUCUGGCAGCCGUGACAGCUGCCUCGGAAAUGGGGAUUAAAGUGGUGUUCUUCACCCAGAGUCAGAUCCAGAGCCUGCCAGUGUCCCUGCAGAGGUGUGUGCCCAGCCUGAGUCCAGAGAGUUUAAAGAAAAUUAGGUUCUCGUAUCCCAGAACUUUGGAGGAGCUUCUCCUUCAGGUGGCGAGCCUCCAUGAGUCCCCUCACAUCAGCCCCACGCCUCCCUCCCUGAUCAUCGUGGACAGACUGGAGAGCUUCCUGCGAGGCUCCAGAGCUGGAUCUGACAGUGGCCUCCACCCAGGAGAGCAGUCCAGCACCGCCCACAUCUCUGCACUGCUGAGCGACACCACCGCCUUCCUCUCACAUGUCCUGGAGCAGCGGGGCUCCAGCUCGGGCCCUUGCCGCCUCAUCGCCUCGUACCUCUCGGAAGAGGACGCGCCACCGGGCGGCGGCAACGCCUACGCCUCUGACCCCAUCCUGGACGUCCUGGACCGGUACUUCCAGGUACGCUGCACGCUGGACCAGGACCGGGGGUACGAGGCUGCUGCGGCCGGAGUACAGGAGGUGUGGCACAUUUAUCUCUCCGGGAGGGGCAUCACCGAGGCCGGCGAGGGGGAGGAUGGGAUGGGUGUGGUGCAAGAGUGGCAGCUCUUCGUUUCUCCCGACGGACUCAUGGAGUUUCAAUUAGUGUGAAAGAACUGAAUCAAUGGAAAGAAGCUUCACAUAUUUACCUCAAAUACCGAAAUCUACUGUCAGGUAUCAGUUCAUAAGCAAAUGUUUCAGUUGUAAAAGUUUCUUGAGGUACAGAGGUUGGUCACAUACAUAUUUAUUUACAUGAACGUAAAGGAAUUUGAUGUGGUUUCUGGAAUUUUUCUUGCUUUUUCAAACUGAAAUAAAAAUAUACUUUAUAUAUGAGACAGGUUCUGAUCUUGAAUUCAUUGAUAUCACUGCUUUAAGUGUCAGACAGAAACCAAGAAAGUAGUUGAUUUAAGAGAAAUGGAGUCAGGAUGAAAAAUACUACUUUAUUCAUUUAUAUUAAAGUCAAAA